AUGCUCUGGCGCGGUGCCGCAGUCGCGUUGCUGACCGGCGCGAUAUCUCUUCGAUCGGCCGAUGCCAAACUCAUUACCAUCACAGCAACUGCUAGCGUGUGCAGUGCAGUGUACACGAGCGGCUCCCGAUCGGUGACCGUCGUGCAGUCGACGAUCACAAUUGUACCAAUCCCAUGGACCCACGAAGACGCCAACUCUGGAACGCCGUUCGUCCUUCAAGUCGAGCCAGACUCGUUAGUCGCUCAAAAGAAACGUGCACCCGUGCAGCCUGUCUGGGUCAAGCCGAAUGGUGACACAACGACUGUCGGAUCCGAAGCAGCGCAGUACGUAAUUAAGAAGGGCAAGUUGUCGACAGUCUCCGGUGGCUGGAUCUCUACCGAGCCCGGUGUCAGGUCUCAGCCAUUCGCAGUGUCUCCUGAACUUGGAUCGAUCAGCAAAAGGUUUCACGUCGAGCAGGGCGUCCUCAAUUGGACCAACCCGGAAUUCGACGACAGGCUCGCGCAGCUCUACCGCGUAUCUACCAAUGGGUCUGCCAGCUUUCACGUCAUUGCAAGAUUCAAGGGCCAGAUCUCUUCAAAUUGGUCACCGGUGGUUGUGUACGCUCGACCCGUCCAUGAUGCCACUGGCUGGACGUCCAGCAUGACAGCCUCGACAACAGUGUCGACUGACAUUCACUCUCGAACUAAAUCACGCACUCGCACACGGUCACGCACCCGCACACGCGCACCGACCAGCGGAGCUGACGGAGAGCCAUCUCAGACCCCGCCUGUAGCAGAGAACGUAUCGCCAAACGGUCUCUGCAGUGGAUCUACCGGAUACACUUGUGCGGGAUCCGCUUUCGGCUUUUGUUGCUCAGAGUACGGGUUCUGUGGCAUGGGUGCAGAAUACUGUGGUGUUGGAUGUCAGUCGGCGUUUGGAAAGUGUGCGGAACUUCCUCAGAGUUCAGGAGCAGGCAGCUCGACAACCUCAACUGCUACCGUUGAGCCCACCUCAACUGCGAUAUCCGACUUCAAGUGCCCAGCGGACAAUGCGAGGAAUGUGGUCGAUGUAAAUGGCAUCCAAUAUGCCUUGGGCUGUGCGAUGGAUACCACUGUGGGCGCUUAUGGCGCCUAUGGUGUUACAGAGUCAUUCAACGAGUGCUUCGCUCUGUGUGAUGCUGAACCGUACUGCACGGCUUUCACGUACAAAGGCGGCAAGAAAGGCGUUGGUGUCGGUGUCUGCUACUUCAAGGACUUCAACUCGACGUUCGUCGAAGGGCGCGCGAGGAUGGUGGCAGCCAUUCGCCUGUCCCCGUUCCCGGACUCGUCCAGCUCAACAGCAACUCCUCCACUGUACACGUCUACUGCUGGCCCCAUCGGUCCCGACCAUCCUGGCGGUCCAGUAACAUCGCGCACCUACAGUAAUGUCUCGACUGGAGUCCAAACAGCCACCAUGUCCAGCUCUGCAGCUGGUUUCAGCUCCGCUGUUGCGUUAAGCUCUGCACCUGCGAGCACGUCGACGGUAUCGCCUAUAUCGCGAAAUGGGCAGUGUGGCACGCAAGGCAGAGGUGGGACGCCGGACGGCUUCACUUGCAGCGGGUCCACGUUCGGGCCAUGCUGCGGGAGCACCGGGUACUGUGGCAGCAAGCCCAGAUUCUGUCGUGAAGGAUGUCAACCUAGCUAUGGCGACUGUCCGCAGCCAGUGACGGUCAACGGAGAAUGUGGCCCCGACUUCAACAACACAACUUGCACCGGUGGAAGAUUUGGUGCAUGCUGCAGCAUGGCUGGACAAUGCGGAGGUACGCCAGAGUUCUGCGCUGUACCGAACUGUGAUCCGUUGUUCGGCACAUGCAAUGCUGCUUCCAACAUCAGCAUGACGAUGAUGACCCCGACCAUGGGCUCUGCGAUGUCGACAUUGGGGUCCACUGGAACAAUGUCCAUGACUCUGAGCCAAAUGACAAGUGGAUCUGCGAUGUCCAGUUCAACUUCGAUGCUGAUGAGCAGCCAAAGUAGCUCGACAGCAUCAUCGACCGUUUCACAAGUCUCCUCAUCCAGCACCAUGCCUCAGUGCCCACAGCGGACUUGCGGUCCAGCCUCCACCAGCACAGGUUCGUGCAGUGACGCCUACGGAAACGUCUUCAACAUCACGUGUGGGUCCAGCUUCCAGGGCACGGUUCUUCUUCGCGCGACGAGAAACAGUGUUGGCGCCUGCCUGACUCUCUGCGACACCACGACUGGUUGCAUCGCGAUCAACUUCAUCGCCGGAACUGGGGCUUGUGAGCUGAUCUCGAGCAUAACCGGAGUCCUGCAACUUGCUGGCGCGGCGGGUGCGGCGAGACCUGCAGACCACACUACUGUCUACACUGCGCCACAGAUGUCGAUGAGCUCUACGUCUUCUGACAUGAGCAUGUCGUCGAUGUUGUCAAUUGCGUCGACGACGAUGUCUGGCUCCAAUUCCAUGAUGUCGUCUCCGAGCAGUACCUCUGGUGCCUCUGUUACCGCUUCGUCACCCAGUUCGGUUCAAUCGACAAGCACUUCGACGACCUCCUCUAGUAGGUCGUCAAGAUCACUAGCAACAACCAACGGAGGCCGCACUCGUACCGACAGUUCUUCUUUAACAGUAUCGUCCGAGGGUCAGUCAAUCAGCAUUCCUUCAUCGUCUACGUCUACGACAAGUGUUCAAUCGACAAGCACUUCGACGUCUUCAACGAGUAGGUCGUCAAGAUCGUUAGCAGCUACCAACGGAGGCCGGACUCGUACGGACAGCACUUCUUCGACAGCAUCUUCCGAGGAUCAGUCGACUAGCAUUCCCUCAUCGCAGUCAACCACUUCUAUUUCAUCGACUUGGACUGGAUCCUAUACUGGCUCACGGACUCGGUCUAGGACCACUUCUUCAAGCGUGACUUCUUCGAUGCUUGCGUCGACCUCGUCCUCCGCAUCGGCUUUCACGUCGUCGACCGCGGUUCCUCCUUGUCCCGCCGCCAAUGGAACAGGCUUCACAGACGUUGCUGGCAAUGAAUACCUCCUCUUGUGUGACAAAGAUACUGCCCCUGGUGCAAUCAGCGUGGCCUUCGACCUUGACUUUGCACAGUGUAUCAACAGCUGUUACUCCACUACCUCGCCCAGACAAUGUGUGGCAGUCACUUAUGUCGGAGGUGCUUGUUACUACAAGGCGGAGUACCUGGGCAACACCCCGUUCACUGGUGAAGUGGCCGCCGUAAUCGCAUCUCUUGUUGGAGUCACACCGGGAACCUACACUCCAUUCAGCACUUCUGCAUACUCAACAACGAGGACAACUACAACGACCACCACCUCUUCGGGGUCAGUCUUGACGUCAGCGCCAUCAAUAACACGGUCGAGCGCCACAACAUCUCAGUCCUCCUCAAGCACAAACUACCUCAUUUUGACCUCACCGACAGCCUGCAACUUCGGCGACCCUCCCAACACCGAUGAAGAUGACAGCUACUGCGAGAUCGACCUGCCUUUCCCAAUGCGCAUGUACACCAGCUCCGACACGCAAACCUACGCCAGCACGAACGGCCUCCUGUCCAUCUCAUCCGGCUCCGCACAAUACGCCGCCGACACCUUCCCGCAGGACUACCUGGCCAACUACACCGUGGCGCCCUUCCUUGACGACCUCUACCUUUACGGAACUUCGAGUCCCCAAGACGGCAUCUUCUACCAGAUCAACGCGGCGCAGACUGCGGUCACGUAUGAGUACUAUCUGCAACGUGCGGGCGACAUCUCUUAUCAGUUCCACUUCACUGUGGGUUACGAUAGUGCGACGCCGGGGGUGUUUGUGAUCACUUACUAUUCGACUGGUGGCCCGAAUGAUAAUGGGAUAUACUCUAGUGUUGGGAUACAAGGCCUCGAUGCUUCUGGAGCCGCGGUGGGCUUCACUUAUAGCUACGAAAGCGGCAGUAUCUCUCCUGGGUUGGUGGUGACGUGCAAUACCAACCAGAAUACUUGCGUUACGACGACGCCGGGCAGGAAGAGGUGA